AUGGAACGAUCUAGGCUAUAUAAAAACAAAGACAAGGACUCUGAGGAACUUCGGAGGCGUCGUACUGAUCAGUCUGUUGAACUUCGCAAAGCUAAGAAGGAUGAACAGCUUCAGAAGCGAAGAAACAUACUGUUGACUGAACUAGAUGAAACCUCACCCUUAAAAGAAAAGCAAAUUGAUACCCCUGAACACGUUAACUACGAUGCAGUUAUCCGUGAUAUGCAAUCAAGUGAUCGAGUCGCUCGAUUCAAAGCAGUUCAGCUCUGUAGAAAAACCCUAUCACGCGCAAAGAACCCUCCAAUAGACGAGUUUUAUAAAAGGGGUGCUGUCGACAUCCUUGGUUCAUCCCUCAGUUCCACUCACGAUGAUCUUGUUUUCGAGGCUGCAUGGGCACUCACAAACAUUGCCUCCGGUGAUAGCUCUCAUACAGCAGCCGUAGUCUCCUCUGGUACUGUCCCAAAACUGGUACGGCUGUUAAGUCAUUCUGCUGUCAAUAUAGCUGAGCAAAGUGUAUGGGCUCUAAGUAAUAUUGCUGGAGAUGGAUCCAAAUUUCGAGAUAUAGUUAUCGAGAGCGGAGUUGUUGAACCAGUGUUAAAACUUCUAGAUCGAGUUUGGAAGCAGCCCACCGUGGUAUCAAAUAUUGCCUGGAUGUUGUCUAAUCUCUGUCGAAACCGAGAUCCUCCUCCGCCACGUGCCGUCAUUAAAAAGCUUCUGCCUUAUCUCAAUCGACUUCUUCAGUAUGAGGGUAAUAAGAAUGUGGUUGUGGAUACUGCAUGGGCUCUUUCAUACGCAAGUGAUGCCGUAAAUGAAUUUAUCGAUGAUAUAAUAGAAAGUGGAUGUGUCCCGUUACUCCUGCGACUGUUGGCAUCAUCAUCGGCGAAUCUCAUUUCUCCCUCUCUCAGAGCCAUUGGUAAUCUUGUUAUCGGUACUGAUGAACAAACACAAGCUAUUCUGGAUGCUGGUCUACUAACUUACAUCCCUGCAUUGCUAAACAAUGAAAAGUCUACUGUCGUCAAAGAAGCCUGUUGGGUAGUGAGUAACAUUACCGCCGGAAGUGUAGAUCAAAUUGACAUGGUUAUAAGUCACAACAUCAUGCCAUGCAUUUUGGAGAUCUUUUACAAGGGUGAAUUCAGAACUCAAAAAGAAGCGUGCUGGGUUAUCAGUAAUUUUAUUAGCGGUGGGACCCCGGCACAAUGUGCAUAUUUGUUGAACCAAAAUGUAUUGAAAGCACUUUGCAAUAUACUUACAGUCUCAGAGUCAAAGGUUGUACUUAUGGUUUUAGAGGGAAUAAAAAAACUCCUAGAGAUUUCUGAUCAGUAUGGGCAAUUAGAACCAGCUUGUAUCGAGUUAGAGACAUGUGGGGGCUUGGAUAAGUUGGAAGAAUUGCAAGACCACACUAACGUUCAAGUCUAUCAAGUUGCUUACGAUUUAAUUGAAAAGUACUUCAAUGAUGCGGAUGAUGAAAACGAAAGCAAAGUCGUGGCUGCUGAUGGCACAGAGAAUAGUGAGACUUUUCCUCCAAGUUCAGAACAAGAAUUCCAGUUUAUUGCUCCCGAUGGAGCUUCAGGACAAGAUGGUGACUUUCAUUUCUAA